AUGGCACCCGCGCAGAAGGGCUUUAGCUGGUCGAACAUCGCCGUCGGCGCGACCAUGAACAUGUUCGAAGUGACCACUCUCGGGCAGCCGCUCGAGGUGCUCAAGACGCAGAUGGCCGCGAACCGCAAGCAGACGAUGGCGGAGGCUUUCGCGACCGUUUGGAGCCGUGGCGGCGUCAAGGGCUUCUACCAGGGCCUGAUUCCUUGGGCAUGGAUCGAAGCGUCGACCAAGGGCGCCGUGCUGCUGUUCACGUCGUCUGAGAUUGAGAAGUGGGCCACCAACACUGGCUUCUCCCCCGCCGCGGGCGGUAUGAUUGGCGGUGUUGGCGGCGGUGUUGCGCAGGCUUACGCGACCAUGGGCUUCUGCACGUGCAUGAAGACGGUCGAGAUCACCCGCCACAAGCAGAUGGAGGGCGGUGCCAAGCCCGAGUCGACCUUCAAGGUCUUCAUGGACAUGUACCGUCGCGACGGUAUUGCCGGCAUCAACAAGGGUGUCAACGCGGUCGCCCUUCGCCAGGCAACCAACUGGGGUUCGCGAUUCGGGUUUGCGCGUCUUGCCGAGUCUGGUCUGCGCAAGUACAAGGGUCUCGGAGAGAACGACAAGUUGACCGCGGGAGACAAGAUUAUCUCGUCCACGGUCGGCGGUGCCCUCGGUACAUGGAACCAGCCGAUCGAGGUUGUGCGUGUCGAGAUGCAGAGCGCGAUCAAGAGCACGGACCCUAACCGGCCCGCGAAGAAGACGAUUGCCAACACGCUCAAGUACAUCUAUGAGCAGAAUGGUAUCAAGGGCCUUUACCGUGGUGUUUCGCCGCGUAUUGGUCUGGGUAUCUGGCAGACUAUUUGCAUGGUCUCGUUUGCAGACUACGUCAAGGCCUUCAUUGCCAAGGAGUAG